AGGGAAACAAACGCAGAAGGACAACAACAACGACGACAACCUCAACAACUACGACAACAACGCCUAUGACUACAACUACAACAACAACUACGACGACAACAACGCCUACGACUACAACUACGACGACAACAACGCCAACGACUACGACAAAUCCAUCGUUAAGUCUGUUGAAGUCAAAAACGGGCCAACCAUCUUUAGAACUGGCAAAGUCGAAGCUUCAGCUCACAGGCGUAGUAGUAGUAGUAGUAGUAUUAGAAGUAAUACAAGUGGUGGUUGUAGUAGUAGUAGUAGUAGUAGUAGUAGUAGUGAUUGCACAGUGGACAUAUGCCUGGCUAUCGAUGCCUCCAGCUCUCUAAACCAGGUCACCCCAAACGGCAAAACGGGAUGGAAAAACGAGCAAGACUUCGUCAUAACUCUGGUCGAAACCAUCGCCAGUUUUGGCAAGAACGUCCGGGUGCAUUACUCCGCCAUUACGUUCGGGACUAAGUUCGAAUUCCCCAUACGGUUUACGGACCACCAGACUAUUCCGUUCAUCCUUUACCGGCUGAGAAAUAUGCGGCAUACUGGCGGGCAGACGUUAACUGGGGAGGCCAUUAUUCGAUGCCGCGAUCUUCUGAUACGCGAAGAGAGACGAAGGGGAUUCGAGAUACAAAAGUUGAUUUUGGUUCUGACGGACGGCGUGAGUACUAAGAGAAGAGGCUCCACAACUGUUGCGCAAGCAAUGCCAACUGUUAUAAAUGCUGGCAUCCGAACAAUGGCUGUAGGUGCUGGACCUAUGAUAGACAAGGACGAGCUGCUUCUAAUAGCGCAAAACACCGAAGCACAUGUAUUUAUGGCUGCAGACACCAGCAAGCUGAGUGAUAUUGUGGACACCAUCGGUGUAAGGGCAUGUGUAGCAGCGACUACGACUACGACUACAACAACAACAACGACUACUACUACAACUACUACUACACCCACUACAACUACUACACCCACUACUACUACUACACCAAGUACGACUACUACAACUACUACACCC